AUGCUCCACCGCUGCUUGGAUCAAGUUGAUGACCAUGGCAAAGAAUCGCUCACCCCUCAAGAGCGUGAACUGGACACUUCCGAAGAAGACAAUGAUGACUAUCAACCAAGCCUGCAACUUGAAGAGCAAGAUUUGGAGGACGACUCAAGAAACCCUGCCCACACAUCUACAUCUAGCCAACGUCCUUCAACUAACAAUUCCAGUGCACCCGCUCCUCCAACAAACACUAACUCCAACACAAGGGGGAGAACACAACCUACUCGCGCAGCAUCACCUCAAACUUCAAAUCAUACACAACUCACCCUUCAAAACUAUUCCACGGUUGGUAAAGAGCUUGGACGCCCUGCCCUUGAGAGGAUGUUGAACGAACCAAAACGGAAGACCCAAAAUCGACCGCCAUCAGCUAUCUUAGGCGAGGCUCAGGCACUCCAAGGUUACUAUACAAUGGACAAGAUGAGCCUGUCCUUGGUUGAUUCGAAGGCCCUAUAUCGCGCGACCGCACAUGGCUACACAACUUGGAUGAGCUACAGCUUGGCCAACACAGUCCAUAUCUCAAUGCCUGCAGGCGGUCAAUCCGAGGGCUUUGCUGAACAUAAUCAAAACUGCCGUAAAUGGACAGAACUGACAGAUACUGAGUCAGAGACGUUUCAGCCAAAACUUUUCGAAAAGCUAGCCUACGCCCAUUUCACAAACAUCGCCACACCAGUUUCUGAAGAAGAGCGUGCCACAGAUCAAGAGAUCACCCAAUAUAUGCAACAUUUCACUUGUCUUGCUAAUCUCGAUAAGGUAUCCAAACAUCUCCAAAAUGGCGUACUGGGUCAGACCAUAGCAAAAUCACUUGCUGUCAUCAAAAAGAGGGGUCGCGAAGAGAUUGGAAAAGUGGCUACCCAGCUCCAAAGUAUCUUCAAACGUUUCGGCAUUCACUCGCACCUCCUGGUCGCUAGCUGGAAUCCAAAGACCAAGCUAGAAAACCCCAUGUGGAAUCCAGAAUACACUACGAGCCCUCGAUGGGCUGAAUACGCCAAGCGAACUCAUCACCUUGCUAGAGACUUUGCCAUUCGGUCCACCGCAGCCCAAAUCGAGAUCACUGAAAACCGAAAAUCUACUAAACAAAACAACGAAACACCCCAGGUAGCGAUGAGGAAAAAACUCACCAACUUGUUGAAUAACGAGAUACGGAAGAAUUUGCCAAAUCAGCCCCAGGGACCAAAGCAUGACGUAUAUCCAAAGACCCCCAAUCCACACGCAACUAUAGCAGGCCGCCUUUUCCAAGGCGUACAGUUGGUUGUCCGUCAAUCCACUGACUCGCAGGUCACCUCAGAGAUGCUGGCUCUAGGAGCCAAAGGUGGUUGUCUGACGGACAAACAGGUCAAAACUUGGAUCGACGAUAUUGAAGAUGGAAGGUAUUCAAUACAUGUUGCAACAAACGAGAAUUGA